GUGGCAGCAGCUGCAGCGGCGGCGGCGGCGGCGGCGGCAGCGCCAGGAGCUGCUACAGCAGAGGCGGAGGUUGCUCCUGUACGCGUACGGGCCGCUCGGCCGGAGCCGCAGCCCGGAGGCGCCGGGCGGUGCGCUGGGUGCUGGUGCUGCUGCUGCUGCUGCUGCUGCCCACCCUCCGCCGCCCGGGCCCCCGCUGCCGCCCGGGCCCCGGCUGCCGUCUGCGCCCCCGUCGACCCCGCCCGCGAGUGCGCCCCAGCCAGGACGCCGCCCCCGGCCGGGUCUCCACUUCUUGGCCGCACCUUCCAUGACAGCGCCCGCGAGAAGAUGGCUGCGAAGGGCGCGCACGGCUCCCACCUGAAGGUGGAGAGCGAGCUGGAGCGCUGCCGCGCCGAGGGCCACUGGGACCGCAUGCCGGAGCUGGUCCGGCAGCUGCAGACGCUGAGCAUGCCCGGCGGCGGAGGUAACAGGCGAGGCAGCCCGAGCGCAGCGUUCACCUUUCCGGACACCGAUGACUUUGGGAAAUUGCUGCUGGCUGAGGCCCUCCUGGAGCAGUGUUUGAAGGAGAACCAUGCCAAAAUAAAAGACUCCAUGCCUUUGCUGGAGAAGAAUGAGCCGAAGAUGAGCGAAGCCAAAAAUUAUCUAAGCAGUAUCCUUAACCAUGGGAGGCUCUCGCCACAGUACAUGUGUGAGGCCAUGCUGAUCCUGGGCAAACUGCAUUACGUGGAGGGCUCAUACCGAGAUGCCAUCAGCAUGUACGCACGGGCCGGGAUUGAUGACAUGUCCAUGGAGAACAAGCCCCUGUAUCAGAUGCGGCUGCUGUCGGAGGCUUUUGUCAUCAAAGCAUGCCUCCGGCUUCUUGGGGGAACACAGUCCCGGUGGUCAGAGGUCCUGCAGGGGAGGCCUCUCUCUGGAACGCCUACCCAACUCCAUCGCCUCCCGCUUCCGCCUGACAGAGAGGGAGGAGGAAGUGAUCACCUGUUUUGAGAGGGCCUCCUGGAUCGCUCAGGUGUUCCUGCAGGAAUUGGAGAAGACCACAAAUAACAGCACGUCGAGGCAUCUGAAAGGCUGUCACCCGCUUGACUAUGAGCUCACCUACUUCCUGGAAGCCGCCCUCCAGAGCGCCUAUGUGAAAAACCUGAAGAAAGGGAACAUCGUGAAGGGCAUGAGAGAGCUCCGGGAGGUGCUGCGGACUGUGGAGACCAAAGCAACUCAGAACUUCAAAGUGAUGGCGGCCAAGCACCUGGCGGGGGUCCUGCUGCACUCCCUGAGUGAGGAGUGCUACUGGAGCCCCCUGUCCCACCCUCUGCCUGAGUUCAUGGGCAAGGAGGAGAGUUCUUUCGCCACUCAGGCCCUGCGGAAACCUCACCUCUAUGAAGGAGACAACCUCUACUGCCCCAAGGACAACAUCGAGGAAGCCCUCCUGCUCCUCCUCAUCAGCGAAUCCAUGGCAACUCGAGAUGUGGUGCUGAGCCGGGUGCCGGAGCAGGAGGAGGACCGGACAGUGAGCUUGCAGAAUGCCGCAGCCAUCUAUGACCUCCUGAGCAUCACGUUGGGCAGAAGGGGACAGUACGUCAUGCUCUCGGAGUGCCUGGAGCGAGCCAUGAAGUUUGCGUUUGGAGAAUUUCACCUUUGGUACCAGGUGGCCCUCUCCAUGGUGGCUUGUGGGAAGUCAGCCUACGCUGUGUCCCUGCUGCGGGAGUGUGUGAAGUUGCGGCCCUCGGACCCCACCGUGCCCCUGAUGGCCGCGAAGGUCUGCAUCGGGUCCCUUCACUGGCUAGAGGAAGCAGAGCACUUUGCCAUGAUGGUGAUCAGCCUCGGAGAGGAAGCUGGGGAGUUCCUCCCCAAGGGCUACCUGGCUCUGGGUCUCACCUAUAGCCUGCAGGCCACCGACGCCACCCUGAAGUCCAAGCAAGAUGAAUUGCACCGGAAGGCACUGCAGACGCUGGAGAGGGCUCAGCAGCUGGCGCCCAGUGACCCCCAGGUCAUCCUCUAUGUCUCGCUGCAGCUGGCCCUCAUCCGACAGAUCUCCAGUGCCAUGGAGCAGCUGCAGGAGGCCCUGAAGGUACGCAAGGAUGAUGCCCACGCCCUCCACCUGCUGGCACUGCUCUUCUCUGCCCAGAAGCACCACCAGCAUGCCCUGGAUGUUGUCAACAUGGCCAUCACCGAGCACCCUGAGAACUUCAACCUGAUGUUCACCAAGGUGAAGCUGGAGCAGGUGCUGAAAGGCCCAGAGGAAGCCCUCGUGACCUGCAGACAAAUGCUGAGGCUGUGGCAGACCCUGUACAGCUUCUCCCAGCUGGGAGGCCUAGAAAAGGAUGGCAGCUUCGGUGAGGGCCUCACCAUGAAGAAGCAGAGUGGCAUGCACCUGACUUUGCCUGAUGCCCAUGAUGCAGACUCUGGAUCCCGGCGGGCUUCGUCCAUCGCCGCCUCCCGGCUGGAGGAGGCCAUGUCAGAGCUGACUAUGCCCUCUUCGGUCCUGAAGCAGGGCCCCAUGCAGCUGUGGACCACGCUGGAACAGAUCUGGCUGCAGGCUGCUGAGCUGUUCAUGGAGCAGCAGCACCUCAAGGAAGCAGGUUUCUGCAUCCAGGAGGCGGCGGGCCUCUUCCCCACUUCUCACUCAGUACUCUAUAUGCGGGGCCGGCUGGCUGAGGUGAAGGGCAACCUGGAGGAGGCCAAGCAGCUGUACAAGGAGGCGCUCACGGUGAACCCAGAUGGCGUGCGCAUCAUGCAUAGCCUGGGUCUGAUGCUGAGUCGGCUGGGCCACAAGAGCUUGGCCCAGAAGGUGCUUCGUGAUGCCGUGGAGAGGCAGAGUACGUGCCACGAGGCGUGGCAGGGCCUGGGCGAGGUGCUGCAGGCCCAGGGCCAGAACGAGGCUGCCGUUGACUGUUUCCUCACCGCCCUUGAGCUGGAGGCCAGCAGCCCUGUGCUGCCCUUCUCCAUCAUCCCCAGAGAGCUCUGACGACGCUGCAGCCGCAGGGAGGGAGGGGCUGGCCAGAGGGAGAGGCAGCAGGGAACGUGGGUCAGGGUGGGGCAACAGUGGCAUCAGGUGCGGGGCCUCAGGGAAAUACGUGUUUAGUGAACGCCUCUGCAGCUGCAGCCCUCGUUAUCUUGGCUGGGCCAAGAGGGCCUUCCUGGAUUUCUUUGUUGGUGCCUUGGGAAACAGUCUGACUUGAACCCUAAGUGCCUUUGGAGAGUUUUGUGGUGACCAGACUUGCUCCCCAAGAGCUGGGCAGCAGGGAGCCUCACAGCUGUCCUUCACCCUCACCCAUGCCUCUGGCUUGGGGUCUGGGGGGGUCUCACUCCCCACUCUCAGCACAGUACAGACUUCUGGAUCUCUCUCAGGUCUUGCCCAGGGCAGUCACAAUGUGAAGAAACUGCGGGCAAGUGGGAAGACUAUGAGAUUUCUGGGUUCCCUUCUCAGACUUGGAGUUAGUAGAUGAUUCCUGCAUUGCCCCUCCUUGCCCCCUGAGACCAGCUGGGCCCCACCUUGCUCUUUCCCCCUGCUACCAAGUGCCUUUGGGGCCUCUGGGGUCUGACCAGGGGUACUGAGCACCCGCCCUAACACUUCCAUUUCCACCCACCCCAUCUCCCUGGAAAUAUGCUCCAGCCCAAGCAGCCUCCGUAGGCUUUAGAUCCUGUGGUUGCUAGAUCCAGUCCUUUCUAAUACCCUGAGUCAACACAUUACUUCUGCAGGUCUUAGGCUACAAUGCAGGUCCCUUGAGGGCCACCAACAUGGAGGUAGGCAGUUUCUAGGACUGUCCCCAGUACAUCUCACCACCCACAGCCCUUUUUUUGCCUUGAUUCGAGCCUCACCCUGGCCUUUUGGCUUCCCCUGCCUGAGAGAGACCUGAGGAGGGGACAGAGCCCAGCCCCUCUCCUGUGGCUGAGCAGGCCGGUGUGUCCAUGACACCUGUCUUCCGGGCCUGGGGGCUGUGGGUGUAUGUCCUCCCUACUGGCUUCCCCGGCCCCUGCUGCAUGAUGCUCUUGGAACUCUUCCCCAAGGAGUCAGUCCCCCAGGCCUAUCAGGGAAUCCUUUUGUAUCUGCACUUUGGGUUUUAGUUUCAAAGCUCCAUCAGGUACAGCUUGCAUUUCAGGAUGUGUGGAAAGCUCGGGUGAGGGCUGCCCUGGUUCAUCAUAGCUCCACCUUCCUCGGAAGGAGUGGGCUGUUGGAGACCCCCCCAUCCAUGGCACACUAGCUCAGCACUGCAUGUCCCGAGAUGAUUCCCAAGACAGCUGGUGCCUCCUGGCUUUCCUGCGCCAGGCCAAGGGGCACCACAGAGGACCCUGGAUCCUUUGCCUCUUCUUGGUUGAAGGAUCUCUAUGUAUGUGUGUAUAUAAAUUUAGUUUUUUAUCUAUAUAUAUAAAAUAGAGAUCUAUUUUUUUUCUGGAAUUCUGUUAGAAAAGUAAAGAAAAAGCAAAUGCUGUUGGUUUAUCUCAGGGUGCCCAAAGUAGUUGUAGUCAAUUUUUGGUACUAGGAAAGGCACCCAAUGCAUUUCCUGACUUUUAAGCAUUUCCUUGUUGGAAGCAGCAGAGGGCCAGGCCAAGUUGCUGACAGUGACUUUGCAGGUUGAAUAAAGAAACCCUCGGAGGGGAAGCAGGCUUGUC